AUGCCGUUUUCAUUUUCAACGGCUAGUAAUUUCCUCCGUUUCACCCCUGAAACCUUAGAUGGUAUUAGAAAGGGACAUGCAGAGAAGAAAGAAAAAGAGAAACGUGGUGAACAGAUUGAAGAGGAAAUUAUUCGACCGCAGCUUGAUCUAAAAGCGUGCAAAAAGUUGCCGGCUCUGUAUGGAAAACUCCCUCCAUGGCUCAUUGGGGAACCACUGGAGGAUCUGGACCCCUAUUACAAAACUCAUGAGACGUUUAUGGUACUGACAUCGAGGAGGAGGAUCUUUCGAUUUACUGCCAACAAAGCCUUGUUUUUAUUUAGCCCUUUCAAUCCAGCAAGACGGCUGGCCAUUAAAAUUUCGUCAAACACAUGGUUCAUUGGGUUCAUAACAUGUGUUGUUGUUGUUAACUCCAUCCUUAUGGCUGCAUCAGAUUUACCAAAUGGUGACUAUUUUGAGAUUUUUUUUGCCAUCACUUAUACUGUUGAAUUUGCAAUAAAAGUGGUGGCGAGAGGAUUUUUCUGGAAAGAAUUCACCUAUCUUCGAGACCCGUGGAACUGCCUGGAUCUUUUUGUUUUAAUUAUGACAUAUGUAGCCUUGUGCAGUGUUAAACUGGGCAGCAUUUCAGCUCUUCGCAUUUUCAAGGUUCUGAGAACUUUUAAAGCCAUUUCUGUUUUGCCGGGCCUGAAAGUCAUUGUAGAUUCGCUCUUUCAAUCUAUCAAGAAACUAGCAAACGUGAUGCUCCUGACAGUUUUCUGCUUGAGUGUCUUCGCCUUGGUCGGCCUCCAACUCUUCAUGGGCAACUUAAAAAAUAAAUGUGUCCCCAUAAAUAAGUCUGAAGAGAUAAUCACAAAAACUAACAACUGUGUUGCAGACUGUUUGUUUCAGGAAUCAGCUGCCCAAAGGCCCAAGUUAUCCCCUGGUGAAAACAUGGAAAUGCCAGAUGUAGAAUCCAAUGAAAAGGAAAGAAAAAGCAAGAGGAAGAAGAAAUUCAAAAAGAAGAAGCCCAAAACAUACGGGGAAGAUGAAACUAUGUUUUAUUCAACGCCUGAUAAAAAUCAAAAGGAGCUGGUUUUCACCAGCAUUUUUAUAAUAGAAAUGAUCUUCAAAAUCAUUGCCCUUAACCCAUACUACUAUUUUCAGAGGGCUUGGAACAUUUUUGACUUCUUAAUCGUUAUCGUAGGCAUAGUAAGCUGGGCAACCGGAAUACCACUUGCAUUUUUCAGACUGCUGAGAAUCUUCAAGUUAUCCAAAUUUUGGCCAGCCUUGGAUAAACUCAUGAAGAUCAUGCUGAAAUCAGUGGGGCCGCUGGGCAACCUCACGCUCGUUCUGAUCUUCACCAUAUUUAUUUUUGCUUUGGUUGGCAUGCAGGGUUUUGGGAACUAUUACAAUGUAACUGGGAAUAAUGAUUGUGAAAUUGUACCAAGCUGUAACCGUACAAGUGAGAGAAAAAUUUGUGUAUUACGUUGGCACAUGAAAGACUUCUUCCAUUCAUUUCUUAUUAUAUUCCGAAUUCUGUGUGGAGAAUGGAUUAAUACCAUGUGGGACUGUAUGCGAAUAACCAAGAAAGAAGGAUGGUGUAUCAUUCUAUUCAUGACGGUCCUGGUGGUGGGAAACCUAGUGGUCCUCAACCUCUUUAUUGCUUUGCUGCUGAGUUCCUUUAGUAGCAGCGCGGCGGCAGCUGAGGGAGAUGGAGAGAAUCCUCACCUUCGGCUGGCCAUUGCUCAUAUUCGUAGCGGGCUGCAGGUUGUCCAGCACUGGCUGUGGGAGGCGUGUUGCAAUGGACCCAUGCAAAAGCUGAAGACAGGAAGGAAACAGAAUAAGGUGACUAUUACUAUCCACCAUGCAAGCCAGAAGAAGCCCACCACUGAGAUGAAGGAGAUUCAAGAGAACUGUGUCAACAACGAGAUCUUCAGAUAUUGGGAUAAGUCAACAUUAGAUGGGAAACAGGAGGAUUUUAUGCCAGGCUCUAACGAAUGUGUCUGUGUCCCCCUUGCUGAAGAAGAGUUUUUAAGCGACAAGGAAGAAUGUACGAUCACAAAAAUGGUCUACAGGAACCAGGGUGGAGGCGCAGGGACCUUUCUGCAGGCUGAGCCGGCGGCCGCGCGGCACCCGGACCCGACGGGGCGGCCGCAGCGAAGAAAGCGCGCUCUGAGGAGCCGCUUCAAAAUGGCGCCCAAAACGGCCUCAAACCGCGGGCCUGGCCCCGGGAAAUUCGGCCUUGGAGGGCACCUCUUCAGAUUUCGUUGCCAUGACUGGGGAAAGUUCCGCAUGGAGACGCUCCGUUCCAUUCUAGACGCUCUUCAGUUGGACCAGUACUUCACUUCCCUGGAUCUGAAGGAAGCGUACCUCCACGUUCCCAUCCACCUGUCCCACCGCAGAUUUCUCCGCUUCUGCUACAAUCGGAAGCACUAUCAGUUCAAAGCCCUCCCCUUCGGGUUGAACUCCGCCCCCCGCGUCUUCACCAAAAUCCUGGUGACGCUGGUAGCCUUGCUUCGUCAGGAGGGGAUUACGGUGUUCCCGUACCUCGACGAUCUACUGAUUUGUUCGGGGACCAGGGAACAGGCACUAGAUCACACUUCCAGGGUGAUACAGGUCCUAUCUUCUCACGGCUUUCUGAGGUCCGAUCUUGACACUAGCAGUUCUGAAGUCAGCACAGCAGAGCAAAUCCCUGACCUCUGCCUUGUACCCGAAAAGCGGAAAGAGCCAGAAGACUGCUUUCCAAAAGGUUGUGUCAAGAUCUUCCCAUGCUGUGUAGUAAAUUCAGAUACAUUUCUAGGUAGUGCUUGGUGGAAGUUUAGGAAAACCUGCUUCAAAAUUAUAAACCACAGUUGGUUUGAAUAUUUUAUCAUAUUCAUGAUAUUACUGAGCAGUUAUAUGCUGACUUUUGAAGACAUUUACCUUCAGGAAAAAGAAACUGUUAAAAUGAUACUGGGCUGUGCAGAUAAGAUUUUUCUCUUCACCUUUUUCCUGGAGAUGCUUCUGAAAUGGGUGGCCUAUGGUUUCAAGAAGUAUUUCACUGAUGCCUGGUGCGGGCUUGAUUUUUUUAUUGUAUGUGUAAGUAUCACACAUGUUCUUUUGGAUAUUCUGUGUGACAACAGGAUCUCCAUAAAAUCUCUGAGAACUCUGAGGGCGUUGAGACCACUUCGAGCAUUAUCCAGAUUUAAAGGGAUUAAGGUUGUGGUGAAUGCCCUCAUAGGGGCCAUCCCUUCCAUUGGAAAUGUACUGCUUGUCUGUGUUGUUCUCUGGCUCCCAUUUAACAUCCUAGGAGUCAAUCUGUUCGGAGGAAAAUCUGGGUAUGACAAAACUGGCCCAGACUGUGGAAGUAAAAACUACAGCUGGGUCAAUAACACCAUCAACUUUAAUAAUGUCGGGAACGGAUAUCUGGCUCUCCUUCAGGUGGCAACGUUUAAAGGUUGGACAGACAUUAUGUAUGCUGCAGUAGAUGCACCUGGGAAAGACGAACAGCCAUGCUUUGAAAGUAAUAAAUAUGCAUACCUCUAUUUUGUGGCCUUUAUCAUAUUUGGAUCUUUCUUCAUGCUGAACCUCUUCAUUGGAGUUGUUAUUGACAAUUUUAACCAACAAAGGAAAAAGAUAAGUGGAGAACUCAUUUUUUUGUCAGAGGAUCAGAUGAAAUAUUAUAAUGCGCUGAAAAAACUUGGUAACAAGAAACUACAGAAGCCUGUUCCACGGCCACAGAACAAGUACCAAGGAUUUCUUUUUGACGUCAUUAGCAAGAAAGCAUUUGAUAUUUUCAUUUUAAGUCUCAUUUUCUUAAACGUGGUGGUCAUGGCAGUGGAACAUGAAGACCAAGGAAAGGAAAUCGAGGAGCUUCUUUCAAAAAUAAAUUUGGUCUUUGUUAUCCUCUUUACUGGAGAGUGUCUAAUGAAAAUAUUUGCGUUGCGGCUUUACUACUUCAGAGACAGCUGGAACAUAUUCGAUUUUGUUGUUGUGAUUCUUUCAAUAACUAGUUUGGCAGCCUCUUCACUGGCGGCAUUAUUCCCUCCUACACUCCUGAGAGUCAUUCGGAUGGUCCGGAUCAGCAGAUUAUUGAGACUCGUGAGAGGGGCCAGAGGUCUCCAAACGCUCCUUUUUGCAUUACUGAUGUCUCUUCCUGCUCUCGCCAACAUCGGGCUCCUCCUUUUCCUGGUCAUGUUUAUUUACGCCAUCUUUGGUAUGGCUAACUUUGCCUGCGCAAACUGGAAAAAUGGGAUCGACGACACUUUCAACUUCCAGACCUUCGGCAGCAGCAUGCUUUGCCUCUUCCAAAUCACCACAUCUGCUGGCUGGGAUGGCCUCCUCGGCCCAAUGCUCGAGAACAAUGAGAAGGGCACUUGCGCUCCCAAUUUACCCAUGAACCUCUUGCAGCUCAAUACCCCCUGCGUAAACUCGGCCGUGGCAAUCACUUAUUUUAUAAGCUACAUCAUUAUCUCAUUCCUCAUUGUCGUUAACAUGUACGUCGCUGUCAUCAUAGAGAAUUUUAAUGUGGCCACUGAAGAGAGCACAGAGCCUCUGAGCGAUUACGAUUUUGAAGUUUUUUACGAGACGUGGGCAAUUUUCGAUCCUCAGGCAACUCAAUUCAUUACUUACUCAGCCCUUUCGAAUUUCGCCAAUUCUCUGGAGGAACCUUUGCGCAUCCCCAAACCAAACAAGCAACAGCUGCUCGCCAUGGACCUCCCGAUGGUGAAUGGAAACAAAAUCCACUGCCUGGAUGUUUUGCUUGCUUUUACCAAAAGGGUGUUGGGGCAGUCUGGGGAAACGGGCUCCCUCGAGUCCCAAAUAGAGGCCAAAUACAUGAAAGCCAACCCGCAGAAGAUAGGCCUCGAACCGAUUAUAACGACUCCCAAGCGAAAGGAGGAGGAAUGCGCCAGCGUUAUCCAGAGGGCUUUCCGGGUCUAUCUACAGCAGCGUGUGCUAUGGAAAGCCAAUGAUGAGUCUUCUGUGAGCAUCCCCUUGGAAGACACUAUCGAGGAGGAGGAGGAGGCCUAUGUGUUCAGGCUGAACGGAAGCGAAGGCAGCCUGUUAGAUGAAUGCCACAGCCCGUCUUCUAUAUCUCUUCCUCCUUCUUACAGUCAUGUCACAGGCGCUGUUGAGGGCAUUCCUCAAAUGAAAGUCACAGACAGCUGUGGUGGUGACGAGUGA